AUGGAAAGAAUUUCAAGAGACCCAUCAACGAAUAUAACGAUUGAUCUCAACACUAACCCCAUGCAAAACCCUACUGAAACCAAGUCCUAUCAUGAUCAUGAUGAGCUGAUCCAUGAGUUGAACCUAAUGAAAUCCAAGCACAAGAAAUUGACUGACAUGCUAAGAAUCUUGAGCAGAAAUUACGACGAUGACCUGACUAUACUCGAGAAGACGACGACGACGAAGAAAAGGAAGGCCGGCGAGCACGAAAUUAAUUUGGUUAAUAGUUGUUCUUGUGAUGAAUAUUGUUCGUCGAAAGUGAUGAAAUCAAACGUAAAAAAAGUUCACGUUAGGAUGGACGACCCGUCAAAUACUACCCUGGUAGUGAAGGAUGGAUAUCAAUGGAGAAAAUAUGGACAAAAGGUGACAAGGGAUAAUCCAUCUCCUAGAGCUUAUUACAAGUGUUCUUUUGCACCAAAUUGUCCUGUCAAGAAAAAGGUACAAAGAAGUCUCCAUGAUCCAUCCAUCUUAGUGGCCAUAUACGAAGGCAGCCACCGCCACCCCAACCACCACGAUCGAGUCGAUUUCUCAGCCACGCCACAGCCAGAAGCAGCCGGAGUUCAAAUUCCGGUCGAAUGCUUAGGCUCCACAAUGAGUCUCGACUCAAAAGAACCCUUCACAAGUAGCGAAAUCCAAAAUAUUAAUCCAACAUCAGUGAACGACAGAAGUGAAAUCGAGAAUCUUUUGGUCGAAAAAAUGGCUUCUUCGUUGACGAAAAACCGCAGCUUCACGGCUGCGCUUGCUGCAGCCAUAACAGAGAGAAUAUUGGAUGAAGUCGUAACAGAGAAUAGUGAUAUUGUUGCAUCUAAUUCAAAGGCUUUUUCAAUGUAA